AUGAAAAAAUUUGGAUUCUCUAAAAAUCGGAUUACAUGGUUGCACCAAUUAUUGGCUUCAACCAAGACAUAUGUUCUAGUCAAUGGAGCCAAUAAGGGGAUUGGAUUGGAGAUAUGUCGCCAGUUAGCCACUAUUGGCUUUAUAGUGGUGUUGACAGCUAGAGAUGAGAAGAGGGGUGUUGAAGCUGUGGAGAAGCUUAAAGAGGUUGGACUCUCUCAUGUGGUUUUCCAUCAACUUGAUGUGAUGGACCCCUCUAGUAUUGCUUCCUUGGCUGAUUUCAUCAAAACCCAAUUUGGAAAGCUUGAUAUCUUGGUGAACAAUGCAGGAAUUAUGGGAAUUGAAAUAGAUGAUGAAGCUAAAAGAGUCUGGAUGACAAUAGAUGGUCCUGAAGUUCGGAUAGUAAAAUAUAGUGAAGCAGCAAGACAGACCCAUGAAACAGCGGAAGAAUGUGUACAAACAAACUACUAUGGCACCAAAAGAGUGAUUGAAGCACUUCUUCCCCUCCUUCAGCUAUCUGAUUCACCAAGAAUUGUUAAUGUUUCAUCAUCUCUAGGGGAGCUACAGCAUGUCACAGACAUAUGGGCCAGAGAAGUGCUAAGCAAUGUGGGUGGCCUCACGGAAGAAAGAGUGGAAGAUGUGUUGAACAAGUUUCUAAGGCUGCGUUUGGAUUUCAAGGAAAGCAAAGGCUUGCCUGCCUACACAAUGUCCAAAGCAACCAUGAAUGCCUACACAAGGAUUCUGGCAAUGAAGUUUCCCAAAUUUCGCAUAAAUUGUGUCAAACCUGGUUAUGUCAAAACUGACCUUAACUACAACACUGGGAUCUUUACUGUUGACGAAGGUGCAGCUUGUCCUGUGAAGUUGGCUUUGUUGCCCGAUGAUGGCCCUUCUGGAAUUUCCAUUUUUCAGAAGGAAGCGUAA